AUGCACUACUGGGAAAAGGAUAUUUCGAAUUCACAGCAGAAACCAAGGCAGCUACAAAUGCCUGGGGAGCUAAAAGGGAUAUAUGAAGCCACCUGGGGGUCAGAAACAGACAAGUCAAGAGGUACGGAAGAACUGAAGCCUUCAUCUUCUCAAGAGAGGAGGACUCAGGAGCCUGCAAGCCUUGCUGCUUCUAAAUCGCUGGAGUUUGAGCAACUGGACUUGGGAUUGAAAUGUGGAGUCCCUUCUCUGGAUCUGGAGGAGUAUUGGCCACCUGAAUUCUUUUCGAGAAUUAUUGGAGGGAGGUCUUCGGUGCCUGGUGGACAGCCAUGGCAGGUAUCCAUCAAAUUGGGCCGUUCCCACUUCUGCGGCGGCAGUUUGAUCCAUGGCGACGUGGUGGUUACUGCAGCUCACUGCGUCGUGGAUCUUGACCUGAAAGUCGUGAAGAAUCUGAUUGUGACUGUUGGGGAAUACAGCCUUGGAGCAAUGGAUGAAGGAGAACAGAACAUCCCCGUCUCCCAAAUCAUCCUGCAUCCUGCAUUCAACAGAUUUGGCUAUAUGGAUUCGGAUAUAGCGCUGCUGUAUCUGAAAUACAGCGUUAAAUAUGGUCAUGAAGUGCAGCCAAUCUGUCUUCCGCACAAAGGAGAUCUAUUCGAAGCUGGGACGCUCUGUGUUGUGAGCGGAUGGGGCAGAGUCUCUGAAGCUGGUGCUGUGUCUGACAUCCUGCAAGAAGUGGAACUGCCCAUCAUUGAUGACAGAACCUGCAGUGAGCUCCUGAGAGCUUUGAAUUUGCCUCCCGUACAGAGUUCCAUGCUCUGUGCUGGCUUUCCAGAUGGCGGAAGGGAUGCGUGCAAGGGUGACUCGGGUGGUCCCUUGGCAUGCAGAAAGGCCAGUGGUGUCUGGACUCUAGCAGGCAUCACAUCUUGGGGCAUCGGAUGUGCAAAAGGCUGGCUUAGCAACAAGACAAGCAUUGGUGAUAGAGGUUCCCCGGCCAUCUUCUCUAAAGUAGAUGAGCUCCUGGACUUCAUUGCCCAGAAUAUGGCAACUGUACCUGGUCCAAGCGACCUGUCCCUCCCCGGCCCAGAAGACUGCAACUCCCAUGGGAUGUUGGUGUUUGGAGAAAGUGGCCACAUUCGGCACCCUGGCCUAACCGAGGAGACAUACCUUGACAAUAGCCUGUGUAUCUGGAAUAUCACUGUGCCAGAAGGCAAAAUCAUACUUGUGCAGUUUAUCCGGGUAGACAUAGAAGAUCAGCUUGGGUGUGACCGCGACUACGUGACUUUCUGUUCAAGCAAGAAGGAGCUGAUCGGUAAAAUCUGUGGCAGGGUAUUGCCGUCUCCUUUGCUGGUAGAGUCUAACCAAGCCAUUGUUACUUUUGUGUCUGAUGGUAGCGAUACCUUCGGGGGCUUUGAAUUCACCUUCAGUGCAGUGCAUAAGGCAUCCGAAGCAGGUUCUGGCUGUGGCAGUGUUGCAGUACUGGUGGAUGAAGGGAAGAUUGACACGGCUAAUUACCCGGGCUUGUAUCCCAGCAACACCAAAUGCCAUUGGCUCAUUGAGGCCCCGAUGGAACAUGUCAUAAAGUUGGAGUUUGAAGAUUUCGCCGUUGAAAUCAGCCAGGAUUGUAUUUAUGAUGCUGUCAUUAUCUAUGGCGAUACAGAAGAGGAACACCAGCUAGCUCUCCUCUGUGGCUUCUCAAUUCCUUCCCCGGUUUGGAGCCCUGCAGACAUCAUGUUGGUUCGCUUUGAGAGUGACGGGGAGAAUAACUUCAGAGGAUUCAAGGCCCGCUUUGGCUUUUUCCCCUCAGAAACAUCUGAAGCUGAGUUUGCAGGGCCCGUUGUCUUGCAUGUAUCCGAUCCCAGGAAUAUCCCCGUGGAUGUUUGUGGUUCUCCCCCCUUCAGUCCUCAGUGGCUGUCCAUGCGUGUCGUUGGAGGAGAAGAAGCCUGUCCCCACUGCUGGCCGUGGCAUGUAGGAUUGCACUUUUUGGGUGAUUACCAGUGUGGGGGUGCCAUCAUCAGCCCAACGUGGGUGCUCACAGCUGCUCAUUGUGUACAGAUAACAAAUGAUGCAUCACAUUGGACCGUUGUUGCUGGAGACCAUGACCAAAACCUGAAGGAACCAACAGAGCAGGUGAGAAGAGCCAAAACCAUUCUGAUACAUCAAGACUUUGACGUCUCAAGUUACAAUUCUGACAUUGCACUGGUCCAGCUACAAACCCCUGUCUCCUACAAUGCCGUGGUGAGGCCAAUCUGCUUGCCAAGUGACACCGAGCCAUUGUAUCCUUCUGUACUUUGCACUACAACUAGCUGGGGGAGUUUCCAAGAAGGUGAGGGCCUUGCCAGCCGCUUACAGCAGACUCGUGUCCCCAUUCUCAGCAACGACGUCUGUGAGCGAAACUACUAUUUGAACCACCCUGGAGGGAUCACGGCCAGGAUGCUCUGUGCUGGUUUUGCAUCUUCUGAAGGCCAAGAUACCUGCCAGGGGGAUUCAGGUGGCCCGCUGGUUUGCCAAAAUGAGGAGGAGCCGUUUACCCUCUAUGGUAUUGUCAGCUGGGGCGUUGGUUGUGCCAGCCCAAAGAGACCCGGUGUUUAUGCAAGGGUGAGCACCUUUUUGGAGUGGAUCGUGUCCAGAAUGAAAGAAAAGGGACCAGUGGAGAUUCCUGUGAACAACGCUGGUCAUGAAACAUCCAUGCACAUUCUCCAUUUGGGAAUUCAUCCCGUCCCACCAGGGCCAAAAAUGGGAAAUAGUGUGAAAUACUCCAAUGAUCUGAGCCAGGAAUUGUCCCACUGCCAAGAUGUCAUCCUUGCAGCUCAGGAAGGAAUAAUCAAGUCUCCAGGUUUUCCCAAUGGCUCCUCCAAUGCCACCAGCUGUCACUGGAGAAUUGUAGGCCCGUUAAAUGCCUUCCUUCGGUUGGAUUUCCUGGACUUAAUGAUUGAGAAAUCCCCUUCUGAAUGUGACGGCGGCCUUACAAUUUAUGAAGGAUUUGGAACCACAAAGGAGGUGCUUGGUAACUUCUGUGACAAAUUUCCACGCUACCCUUUAAAGUCGCGAGGCCCUGUGGUGACGCUGCACUUUGCUUCUGGCCCGGCUACGAAUAUGAAAGGUUUUGUUCUUGCCUAUGGAACCCAUGAAAUACUGCCCAGUUCAACACAAAGUAGAGUAAGAAAUGCUGGUAAAGCAUGUCCGAUUUUGGAUCUGAUCCCGGUAGGAGUUGCUGAGAUAGUUUCUCCAAAUUACCCAGAUACUUACCCCAACUUAAUGACCUGCACUUGGACAUUCUAUUCUGCUUCUGGAAACAAGCUGAAAGGUGCAAUCAGAGAUCUUGUGAUAGAGGAAACCAAGGAUUGCAUAUGGGACUCCCUGAGCAUUUACGAUGGACCGGAUCGACAUUCAGUAUUGCUUGGGAGGUUAUGCGGCCGAAAAAGGAGUCUUCGGCUAUUUUCGAGUGGCAGCUACUUGACGGUGUGUUUUGAAACGGACGGCUCGUUGGGGGCCAAAGGGUUCCAGAUCUUGUUUGAAGAGGUGAACCGAGGACCAGCGCAGAGAACCAGGAACGGAAUAGAAGUCAAGAGUCAAUGUUCACCUGGUAAACUAAUUGCCUCUGAUGAAAGAGAAUGUGGGAUGCCCAUGGAGGACCCAUUCCCCAUGGAGGAAAUGUCUGAAGAUACCUCUGGUGAAGAGCAGGGCAAGCUGGAAGUGACUGGUGGCCACCUUGGAGGUCCAACAUCAUGGCCAUGGCUUGUGAGCCUGCAAUUUGAGAACAAGCACUUCUGUGGAGGACUUUUGAUUGGGGAUAGCUGGGUCCUGGCAGCCGGACACUGUAACGUCAGUGCUGAGAUGGACAAAGUUGUCCUAGGGGUCACUUACAUGUUGCCUGGCGCAAAAGGCAGCAUCGAGGCCCGUGUGAAAGCUGCGCACCUCCAUGCCAACUUCAGUGGCUUCCCCCCCCACAAUGAUCUUAUUCUACUGGAACUGGAGAAACCCAUCCAGACAGGAGACACCAUAGCAGCCAUCUGCUUGCCUGAUCAGGAUGAAGAAGUGGGCACGGAUGCAAAGUGCUUGACUGCAGGAUGGGGUGUGAUGGAAGGAGGCAAGGAUGAAUUAUCCAUAAAGCUGCAACAAACACCAAUGCUGCUCCUCACAAAUGAAGCCUGUGCCAAAUACUGGGGUGAAGAUCUUAAAAAUACCAAUAUCUGCGGAGGAGCUGUUGAGUCGACACCUUGUGCUGUACGUAACUUGUGUAAGAUGUUCUCAUUAAAUGGGCAGAGAGGGAGGCUCAUAUUUGGUGACUACCGCUAG